UCUGGAGCGGCUCAGUAUAAAUUUCCAUUGCGAGCCAACCGGUCGACAGGCGAGAGAAGGUGUACUUAGUCGUUGUAGACUUGCAUUAGCUAGUGCAUAACUUUUCGAAAUAUACGUUCGGUCUGUCAACAGCGAGUGCCCAUGCUGCUAGGAACAAAGUGUCGGUUCUGCUUGUUAGCCAUGUGCGUUUCUUUUUGAGGAGGGAUUAAGUUGCAUAAGCAUUCAUAGCAAGAAUGCUAUAGUUGUUUUGCCGCCGUGCUAAAGUGUUGAGCAGUCAGUAGCAAAUAUAGUUUGCUCUGGACAAUCGGUGAACAUUUUUUAGCAGUUUAUGUGCAGAAAUGGGUUGUGAAGUGAUACAGAUGGUUUAAUUUAAAAUUCCAAUUUCUUCUGAAUCUACAUAUUUUAUGCGACUAAGAAAAUAGUUGAUCAUAAAUCGCGGGUGUUUGCUGAUACGCGUUUUGUUUUACGGUGUUGGUUUGAAAAAGAUCAAAAAUGGAUACAGAAUCGUUGAAAAUUUUCUCCAAAUCCAAGCCGACAUUCUAUUGGACAGGAUUCUUUGACACCAUAGUCACGAUUGCAGUUGUAACGUUUAUUGCAUUGAGCGAAUUUGGGUUUUUCCCACAAUUUGUCAAACGAGGAUACUACUGUGACGAUAGAUCGAUUCAACGUUCGUUCACGGGGGAUACCGUAGCCACAACUGCGAUUAUGCUGAGUGGAUUUGUACCUCUGUUCCUGAUCUGGUUAACUGAGAUAAUAUUCUAUUCAUCCUCAUCGUCGUUUAUAUGUAGCAGCUCUAGUGGUAAAAAAACUCGGUGCUCCAGCUCGUGGAGUCAAAGCUGGUAUUGGUUCAAAAAGUACGGCAAAGGUCUCAUACUAAAGCUUUUGAUUGUGGAUAUAAUAAAGACCUUCGCUGGCGAACAUAGACCUCACUUUAUAGAAACUUGUCUACCGGAUAUCGUAUGUGAAGGGAGCGAAUACGUUUCUACAUACACCUGUACAAACACCGAAUAUCGUCCUUACUUCAUCCGAGAUGCUAGCAAGUCGUUUCCUUCCGGGCACUCCUCGAUGAGUGUCUACGGAUCGCUUUUCAUGAUAUGGUACUUGCAAAAACGUACACCGAAGAUCGCUUCCGUUAUAGCUCUUCCGUUGUGUCAGGUUGUGGUAGCCACGUGGGGAAUAUUUUGUCCAUUAUCACGCAUAAUCGAUAAUCGUCACCACUGGUGGGACGUUCUUGCCGGAGCGUUCAUUGGGGUGGUGGCUGCCGUCUUGACGUGCUAUUUCAGUUGCCACAACUUCGACAAAUUAAGACUGAGGGGAAAAGAUCCGAUUUACAAAGAUCACGACAUCAACCUUGUUUCCAAUAACGUGCACCGUCAAACGGCGUCAAUGGAACAAUCAAUUCCUAAACACAUUACCACCGAUUUAGAAUCGUACUAGAAAUUUAGAAACUUACAGGUAUUAAAAACUGUAUUACGUUGUCUACGAAUUUACACACAAAUCCAUAGGAUUGUAAAUAGGAAAAGUUCAAAACGUGUGAUGUAUGUUUGCGAGGACGUAUUGUGAUAUUAGGACUAGCCCAGUGAGAUUGUUUGGUAAUCAUGCAAAAACGUACUGCGCUCAUAUGCUUCUACUACAAAACACAGAAAAUGAUACCGGAAACGCAGAUCACUGCAUGAAAAGAAUAGCAAACAACAUAAUGUCGUUGAGUUGCGUUGCCCUGCAAAACGUGUACCGGUGAAACCUAAAACCAACUUGGUUGUUCAGGAGAAAAACCGUUUCAUCAGUAUUAGGCAAGUAGAACAUUGUUUCGUACGUGGCGAAAAAUUGUUUACUGUCCCGUUUGAGAAGCACUGUCAUAGUAGAAGAUAGAAUGUAGAAGCACGCGAGUCAAAUGUUAAGAAGAAUAAGGGAAUAGCUGGCGUAUUAGGAAGCAUGCGGUUGAACCAGUUGCACUUCGCAGAUCGUGUAAUUGUGACAAAAAACGAGUAGGCGAAAGUAAACCGUACCCACACACAAAAAAGUUUUAAUAUAUUGAUUUUACAACAACUUGAAAAGAACAUAGGUAAAUUAUAGAAAAGCACGAUGACAAUGUUGAAUAAUUGUAAGAUAAAAAGCUUUAAUAAAAAGAAAUAAAAAAUAUGAUGUCAAAA